AUCAGUGUCCGCAAAACGACCUCACACAUUUUAGACUUUUAACUUUGCUAGUCUAAGCUUGCUAUAACCAUCAUAAGAGCAACAGGUUAUUUAUGGCAGAGGCAGACGCGCCAGCAGGCGGGCAGCAUGCUUCGACUGAAGACUUGGCCAAUAGACUCUUCAAGAACGACAAAUUAGGGAUUGGAACCGUUGUGCGUGAUCUGGUGGCGCGCACAAAGCAGACUCAGGGUCAAGCGGUGAACGGAAAUGGCAAUACGCCGGGAGUCCAGAACGACCUGUUUGUUAUCGGAGGGGCAGAGUCUACCUUUGUGACGCAAGCUGGGCUCACCAGGGUAGUGGUUGACCCUGGCCCGGACGCGAAACCGGCGAGCAUGCCACAGUCAGAACCGGAGGAAAACUUAAAGCUGGAGGAUAGCGAGGAGCCUGAGAGGGCUAAAGCUCCUCCACCGCGACUGUCUGUGGGCGAUGCGGCUCAAGCGGCCAGUGCCGGAAAGCACCGUGGAUGCCGCGGCUGCUGGGCAAGCCUCCACGAUACGCUUACGGAGCUCUGGGAAAUCAUCAAGCUUUACCCCAGCACAAUUAUUGUGCCCCUGUUCGUCUUCGGCAUCAUCUGCGGGUUGGGCAUCUGGGGCGUCAUGGCCGGGGCAGACUCAUACGUGCAUCAACAGAAGGACGACGUGCACAGCCAUGCAGUGGACGCGGUGACAGGCUUCCAGAUCCAGCUGCAGCAGUCCUUCACGCCUGGUGUCACAAUGCAAAUGCUGGUGAAGCAGAGGCCAGACUGGGACUACUGGGUGCAGAACUUUGACUCCACUGCUACGGAGCUCAUGUCCCGUGUGCCGAAGGGUGCGCUGUGGAAUCUGCAGCUACAGCCGUUUGCGCAGGUCAUGAUGAUCAGCCCACUACGGCCGGAGGACGUGUCUCAAAUUUCCCCACCCCGCGACCUGAUUGGAGAUCCCACACGCCGUGACGGCAUCAUGAACAUCAUCCAAACACGGGAACCAGGUGUGAAUGGGCCAUUCUACUUGGUCCAGGGCUUCACAGGUGCGUUUGUGCGCUACCCCAUCUAUGUGCCAAACGUCAGCGAGACGGAGACGUUCGGGUUCCACUACAAGGAAAACGCCACCGCCAUCCCCUACUCGGAGCUCCCGGCCAGCGUGCGCAGCUGCACCAUCUGCUACAACGCCACCACACGUGAAAAGUGGUGGGGCUUGCUGACGGUGCUGGUGAACUAUGAUGAGGUCACCAACGGCCAGGAUGCUUAUCUGGCAACGCUCCGUAAUAUGGAUUUUCACUACGCGUUGGUCCGGCCCAUCAACGCCACGGCGGAGCAGGUGAUUGCGCAGGUGGGCCCCACCUCCCUGCGCGACGAGGACGCGGUCACCGUGGAGGUCAAGGUGCUGAGCGCCGUGUGGCAGCUGAGGGUGGCCCCAGCCAACGGCUUUGAGCCAUCGUGGCGGGACCCGCUAAUCGCAGCGGUGGUCAUUGUCUCGUUCAUCAUUGCAGCGCUGCUCUUUGUGACGAUGGCCUCUUUCAAGCGGCAGCGGCUGCUGCUGCAACAGACAGUGGCCGCAAAUCGAAACCUGGCGGAGACGACUAAGCGCCUGGAGGAGGAGAAGGAGCGCAUGGAUGUGCUGCUGGUGCGGCAAUACGACCUGCUGAGGUGCCUGGACGCAAACCGCUCCAAACGCCACGGUGGCGGCCACGACAGCAGCGACGAUGCAAUGUCCGCAUCCAAGCGAGCCAUGAUGACCCGCAUUGAGGACGCGCGCCGCUCGCUGAACGUGGCCAAGUCAUCCAUUGAGGACCCCAUCCAGGUCUUUGAGAUCCUGGGCGCUGGAGCGUUCGGCAAGGUGCAGCGUGGCCUGUGGCGCGGCACGGUGGUGGCGGUGAAGACCAUGAUCCUGCCGGCCAACAUGACGGGGCAGGAGAAGCGCGAGAAGAUGGCGGUGAUGGAGGCAGCCAUCAGCAGCAGUCUUGUGCACCCCAACAUCGUGACCACCUACACCUACUUCAUCCGCCCGUAUCACGAGCCCACACACGAUGGUGUUCAGAACAUGCUAGCCGUGCCCAGCUUGACCAACCCCACAAAUCCGAGCCGUCAGACAUCAGAUCCACAAUCCAUUCUCGCGGAGAGUGUUGCAUCGGACAGCACCAUUCACAGCUAUGAGGUGCGCCUGGUGUUGGAGUUCUGUGACAAGGGGUCGCUCAAGGACGCGCUGGACCAGUCCGCCUUCAUGCAGGGUGGCGCCCUGAACCUGGCGGCGAUGCUGGAGACGGCCGCGGACGUGGCCAAAGCCAUGGUGCACAUGCACGCGGCCAACGUGCUGCACAGCGACCUCAAGGCCCGCAACAUCAUGCUCAAGAGCAGCGGCACAGAGGGCCGCGGCAUCGUGGCGAAGGUGGCCGACUUUGGUCUGUCCACGCGCAUGGAGCACCAGGAGACGCACCUGAGCAGCUGCUUCCAGGGCACGCUGACGCACAUGGCUCCGGAGGUGAUGCUGGAGGGCCGCAUCAGCAAGGCCGCGGACGUGUACUCGUUUGGCAUUCUCCUGUGGGAGUUGUUCUGCGCCGGCGACCCGUUCCAGGGCGUGCCGCGUGCGCACCUGGGUCACGCAAUCACCAAGGAGGCGCGGCGGCCCAAGUUCCCGCCCUUCGCUCCGGCGGGCUUCGUGCGGCUCGCGACGCGUUGCUGGGACCCCGAUGUCUCGCAGCGGCCCACGUUUGAGGAGGUGCUGUCAGAGCUGGUGCGCAUGCGCGAGGAGCUGGGCGGAGACACUCAGCAGCUCACUAUCAUUCCACCAAAGCCCGCCCAGUCGUCUUCGGCUAUGUCGAUGGUGUCUGGGCAGCAACACCAGCAGCAGCACCAGCACGCAAGUGGCGACAGUGGGGACAGCAGCGGCAGCGGCAAGAUCGUGCUCGGCGGCGCUGGCAGCAACGCCACGUACACCAACCCGCUGGCGUUGUUCGGAGCGGGCAUUGUGGUGGGCGGCAGCACCAGCGGUAGCACAACGGGUAGCUUCGGUAGCUUGCCGGGCCAGGGCGUUGGGCACUCGGCGGUGGCGCAGCGCUUGGUCAUGAAGAGCGCCCUGGCGCAGCGGCACCUGCGCAAGAUGGGCGUGCGCACUAACGGCAGUCCGGGACUGGGGCUCAGCCUUGCCCCCGCGAUGCCAGCGCUGCAGGAAGAUCAAGAGCAGGAGGGCACGGGCAGCGACCGGGACGGCUCCCUACGGGCAUGCGCUGAAGUUGGGUCGGAGGGAGGAGGUGGAAGCAGAGCUGAAGGCGAGGGUGGAGGACCGACGGCAGGAGCAGCUGAUGGACGUGCAGAAGAGGUAAAAGGAGGUAACGGGGACGUGAUUGAGCUAGCAGGCGGGCACGAUCCCCAGAAAACCAGUUCAGGUCAAACCGCAGUUGAUGUUGUAAGGUUGCAUGGGGCUGACUCCGUAUGAUGAGCUGAGCCCACCACUUGGCAUUUCAAGGCAAUGCAGUUGCGGAAAUGCAACAUAGUUGUGCAGACGGCUGAGAAGACACAGAGCGCUUUGCGUGAAACGUUUGAGGCGGUGCAUUUCAAUGCUGGAUCCCCUCAAUGCAUUGAUACGGGCAAGUGCUUGCUGUGGCUGGGGGUUUGCAUGAUUUUUCAGCACAGAUUGAUGGUUGUGGUGUGAUGUAACGUUGAACGUACCUGCAAGAGUUGGCAUUUGUUGCGCAAUGUUAGUCAUAAAACUGCUGCUGAACAAAGCUGUGGUUAGCUGAAGUGAAACGAGGUGGAAAGAUACUGCAUUCAUAUAUGCUUCAUGUGAGACGUCCAAACGUAAUGUGCGCUUGCCUGUGGUUGUGUGUUGAUGUUGGUACGAGAAUGCAUUACGACUCGUGCCUGCAAUGUUCGCUCAAAUCUAGAGUACGGAAGGCCAACCACCCGCUCGCCGUUUGCCAUGGCACGUUUCGAUGAGCCAAAGUGUGGCUCGUCGGAUGUGGUCAUGCGCAUGCCCAUUUUUGGGCUGAGCCCCCCCAGCGAAGCGUUCCAGGGGGGGGGGCGAAGCCCCCAGGAACACCCCGGUCCGUGCGUUCGUUCGUGCGUGCGUCGGCAAAACAUAGCAUACUGGCGCAAACCGCGGCUGCUACGUAUUAGUAUAUGUUAAUGCCUAUUGCAUGUAAAUAGGUGGCAGG